CACUGCCAAGACAAUUCAUGGAAGGCAAUGAAGAAGAAAGGAAGUAAGGGUGGUGACGCAAGUCCAGCAAUCGCCGUGCCAUUCAUUUCUCCAUUUUCAAGGAACCGACGCAUUGAAAUCAAUUCUGUGGUCAUAUGUGAGAUCUGCGUCAUUCUAACUUAUGACAGGAGGGUGCGGCCUCCUGAAGAUGUUCUUUUUCGUGGUUCGCCAAUUGGGACGUUCAUUCCAUCCCUGCACCGUGCCACAAUAAGGCUGCCUACUGUGCGUUUUCGCGACGUCUCCAGAAAAACGUUUAUGGAGGUAUGCAAUAUGGUGCAGGAGGUGUUGUUUUUUGAAUUUCUGAAGCAAAUUCCCAGUUUUAUUUCAAGUGUUGUCCUCUUCCCGACGCUUUCUCCACUCGGCAAUAUUUUGACGCGCGUCGGGUCAUUUAUCUUUGGCUCUGGCGGCGCUUCUUCAGAGUUGCCGGGCGCGGCACUCAUUUGA